UCUUCAUCAAACAUAAACAAUUUCCCAGGCGACGCCCAUGCCCAACCCAAAAAUUGAUGUCAGUUAAUUUUCGUUAAAUUAUUUGAGAAAAAUUCAUAUUGAAAAUGCCCAUUCUACGCACCUGUUGGUCUCCAUUCAUUUGGAAUAAUGACGUGAAAACUGGAAGCUAUGCUGUUGCUUUUUACACUAUGGCUACCAGUCUAAUCAUCAUCACUUGGACAGCUUUUGAGAUGAGUGGUGGAGACUCCAGCCACUUCUAUAUGCCUUUAUUUGAAACGGAUGUCAGAGACACCAUGCAACUCUUUGGAGGGCUGGAGAUUGUCCUCUUUUUGCUGAUGAUCGCGUUCAGCGGACUUAUGAUCAAGGGCAUUAAAAUAAGCAACAGAGGCUUCAUCCUGCCCUGGCUGUGGGGAAUGGCAUUUUUGAUAUUUCUGCAAAUUUUGUUUGGAAUUUGGCUACUCUACGGAUACUAUAUUUAUUUGCAAUCUGUGAUGGCGUGCCUGGUUCUCUGGAUUUGGAUGGGGUACAAUAUUUACUGCUGGCUAUGCGUCUACUCAUUCUACGACAUCUUGCGAGAGAUGCAAGCUCCCAAUAUUGUACUUUUGUACUAAGUAUUCCGAACUGAACCUGAAAGUAUUAUCCACAUUCCUUGUAACUGAUCUUAUCUUGAAGGAAUGUACAGGUAAAUCAAGUAAUGACUGUAAAAACCAACACAAAGAGUUAGCGCAAUCUAUGCAGUAUGCACUCCUGCAAUGAUCCGUCCUCAAGGAGAUUAUUUCAACACUCCUAUAUCGAGAUAAUAAACAUUUCUUAUGAUGAUUAAAAUGAUUCCGUCCGUAAACUUCUCCAUUCAAAUUAUAUUGUUGCUAUUCAAUAAUGUGGAAUAUCUACAAGCAUGAAUAAUAAUAAUUGUUAAUUCUUAGUAAUACAAAAAUAUUUUCAGAAUAUUUUGACAGUUGUGUUCUUUUUUAGCUGAAAAUUGAAAGCUUACUCUAUCAUAUUAUGUACCCUUUUUUAGUUUUAAUUUCUUUUGAAAUAAAAUAAU